CAUUAACAAUGCUAAUCAUAGAUAAAGUUAAUGCUCUUUGGUAAAGCAUUACCUUCGGAACCAAAUUCGUCCUGAUAUCCAGUAUAUUAUGCUGCACCCUUGAUGUCUUUACAAAUGAUAUCUUAUUCGAUCUCUUUGUGGAUGUCCCUAAUAAAACAAUCCAUCAAUUCGAAUUGUGGAGAUUGCUCAUUCCAUAAUUCUUUCAUGGUAUAAAUAGAAUCAAUAGACAAUAGGCAAUGUCUAUAAUCUAAUCAUAAGUCUGUUGGGAUUUUUGCUUUGUGCCAUUGAAGUAGAAAAAAGUUAUGGUACUAUACCCUUUUUUUGUGAUAUAUUCUUUACGAAUCUGAUCAUACAAGUAUUUAAAAUAUAUAAAUAGACUAUUUAUGUUUUGUUGUGUUUCUCACUUUCAGAAUUAAGCAUUGAAGUAAUGGAUACAGAGUCCUUUGGCUUUUGGAAUAUCACUUUUAUUUACAUGUUGAAUAAGUAUGUUCUAUCUUGUAAUUUAGAGGACUCACAGAUUAGGAUGAUUAUUAGAAGUUCCUCUGCUUUCCAUUUUAUGUCCCAUCAAAAUACUACCCUGCUGCAUUCUUCUUGAUCAUGAACUUAAUCGAAUACCCUAGAUUGGACCUAAUUGCAGCAACUCUUUUUGCAUUCUUUGAAUAUCAAUUAUUUGAUGGUUUCAUAAUGAAAUUAUCCAAAGUAACAAUUAACUUAAUAGAUUAAGGGAUUCGUCACAAGAAUAGAACACUCCUUCCCAUUCAAAUACAUUCAAUCGCGUCAGGAUUUCAUCACCUGUGACUAAGUUAACCAUCCAUUUAUGUCAGAAGAGUCUAAAUUGUCUCAAUAUCAUUUGGAAAUUGGAACCAUUUCAACUACAGAAACUAUAGUACAAGAUUAACAAUAGAUUUGACACACAACAUUUAAAUAUAUAUUAUAG